AUGGUCAUAAUCCUCUCCGUUGCCGUCGCGCUGACUGCGCGUCACCGAAGCGUCCGCUUCUCCGCCCCCAUGGCGUCAGUGCUGCGCGCGCGCGUGCUCUCAGGCGCUCUGCGGCUGCGCGCGGCUGCGCCCAAGGCAGCCGUGAAAGGCGCGAAGAAGGGAAAAGGCGACGCUGCUGCUUCAGCGGGGUGGAAAGGGUUGCGCGACGCCGUGAGCAGCAGAGCCGCGAUCCGACCAUCUCAUGCCGCCCCCUUUUCCGUGCUCCCUCUCUCUCCCCCCGCAGACGCCGCCCGCGCGUCGUCCGUGCCAGUGGAGGUGCGCGCGGCGACAGUGGUGGGCGGCAACAUCCUGAAGACGGGCUCCGACCCCCCCGUGCUGCCCGACAGUGAGUACCCCGAGUGGCUGUGGACGCUGCUGGACCGCCAGGCGCCGCUGAGCGAGCUCAAGAGAAAGAGAAUCGAGGACAUGGGCAUGGCGGAGGAGCAGUUGGAGCGCCUGGUGAAGCUGGACAACCGCGACAGAAUACGCGCCACCAAUGCUUCCAGAGCCAAGGCAUAG